ACCCUCGUGUAUUCUCGGCUUGCCUCUCCCUCAGUCCGCAGCAGACGACGCACUCUCGUCCUCGCCUUCCUUUUAUAUUUGUGUGAACAAGCAUCCCUUGCAAUCAUGUCUGAUGCUGCUGCCCCAGCUUCCACGCCCUCUGCCCCCUCCAAAUCUCCCAAGAAGAAGACAUCCAAACCCAAGAAACCAGCGAACCAUCCAAAAUACAGUGAGAUGAUCAAGCAGGCAGUGACUGCGUUGAAAGAACGGGGCGGCUCCUCCCGACAGGCGCUGCUCAAGUACAUCUGCGCCAACUUCAAUGUUGGAAAAGAUGAGAAGACCAUCAACAACCACCUGAAGCUCGCUCUGCGGGCUGGUGUGAAGAACGGAACGCUGAAGCAGUCCAAAGGCACCGGCGCAUCAGGUUCGUUCAAGCUCGGAGCAAAGGCAGAAGAAAAAGUGAAGAAGCCAAAGAAAGUCAAGAAACCCAAGGCGGCAGCCAAACCCAAGUCUCCUGCCAAACCCAAGAAACCCAAAGCAAAGAAGGCAGCAGGAGAGAAGAAACCAAAGAAGCCAGCAGCCAAGAAGCCAAAGAAGCCUGCAGUCAAAAAGCCCAAAUCUCCGGCCAAAAAAGCGGCCAAACCUGCGAAGAAGGCGGCAACUCCCAAAAAGGCAGCGAAGAAACCAGCAGCAAAGAAAGCCAGUACAAAGAAAGCAGCAAAGAAAUAAACUUUUCCGUUGUUUUCGUGUAAAACUGGACAUUGUGACAAUAUUUGCGAAGACUUCCAAUGACUUGUACAGUGGAGUUCUCUCCAGUCGCCAUAACGUUUAUUAUGCAGUGAUGUAUUUUCUUCAUCAAGAUGAGGGAAAUUUAUAUUUUGUGACCUGAAAGGUUGAUGGAUAAUGUGCUGUGGCUUGAACCUGUAUCCUACCAGGUAGGAGCAAGUUUGUGUACAGAUUUGUGUUUUGUCUUUCUUGGACAGAGAUUGAACUCGGCUCGUGACUUGCAAUGAGUCAUCGUUGUUUUCGGAAUGUCGCUCGUUCAACCUUCGACAGUCUUAGCAUCGUUAAUGUCGCAGAACUGUCAUGAAAACUUCUACAUCUGGUGUCUGUGUCUUUUCACUUAUUCAGGCCUGCACAUGAACCUAGUGGUGAAAACUCAAUUUUAUGAUGUGUCAGUCAGAAACAUGCCUUCGUCUGUGUUAUGGAUCAUGUAGUGUGAUAGUUAACACUUUCUGUUUCAUACCAAAUGUGCAUACUUUUAUGCGUUUCAGUCUCUUGCAGUCAUGAUACUAGAAAGUAAUUGUUAAUGUGGUUAGAAGAGCUGCUAGAAGUAUCAGGUGUAUAGUAACCAUUAAGUUUAUUUAAAAGAUUUUAUCUGGAUAAUUCUUGUAAUCUGUCAGUUUUGCUUGUGGAUAAAUUUGUCAGAAAAGUUUCAUGGCAGUUCUAGCACAAUUGCUGUAUAGCUUGUGCUUGUAGUAUAUAAAGUAUCUAAGUCCUUGUGCCCACUGAAUGAUCUGUUUUGAUGUAUAUGAGUGUGUUGAAGACUCUCUUUGGCAGCAACUUUGUAAAGUUAAUAUACCAGUUCUUUAAAUGAGUGUUGUGUCCACAUAUAAAAUUGCUAGUUGCAAAGUCUAGUGUCUUUUCAAGCAGCAUGUAGGUAUUCAGCACAUCUUCCCUUAUUUAUUCAACACUGGACUCAGAAAGUUGCUUUGUUUUGCUGGCUUGAGCAAACAUCAAUAAAGUUACAUGAAUUUAUGAAAA